AUACCAAAAAGAUAUCUGUAAGCCUUUACAAAGGGAGUUUUUGUUGUUUGGUAUUAUUUUGAAUUUUAAAAGUAGAUGUAAAAACCCACUCUAUUAAACAAUAAAUAUAAUAAAAUAAAAUAAAAAAAACAAAUCAAAUUGGUAAGCCAACAAAUGAAAUCAAACAACAUUCACUCAGAAAUAAAAGACGCAAAUAGGGAAGAGUCCUUUUGUAGGACUAAAGAAAGAAGAAUAAGUAAGAACGUUAACUUUUAGACAAAUUUAGACUCCGUUCAAAAAAAGAUUACUUCUCCUUAAUUCCAAAGUAAUGACUAUCAAGGAUACUCUAGUUAAGCUACUAAAUCACCGUUGAUUAAUCACCAAUUUUCUAUUAAGUCUUUCAAAGAAGACUCAAUGGUUAGAAACUAAGAUAGAACCAACAAAGACCAAGCAAGCAUGUUUAAAAGAAAAUCAUCCCUUAAUUAACAAGGUAUUGAGAUGACUAAUUAAAAAAUGCAACCCUUUGGAUUUACUUAACUUGUGAAAUAUAUGGAAGAGGAAAAGAAGAAAUGUAUUAACCUAGAGCUAGCAACUCAAAACGAAGAAAUAUUCAGUUAUCAAAAGUAGAAUUUACAAUAAGAAAUAAAUAACACAUAAUAAGGUGAAGCAGAAGAAGAAUAGUGUAGAUUUUGUAAUUCGAAGUAUCUAGAUAAAAAAAAAGCUUUAAAUACAGAAAAAGAGGUUGAAGAGGAGGAGGAAGAAGAAGAAGAUUAAGAAGAAGAGGAAGAUUAAGAAAACAAAGAAGAACAAGGAGAAGAAGUUGUAUAAUAAGAUGAAGAGAAAGGCACUAAAUAAACAAAUAAAUAAAAUGAGAAAAAAUCAAAAUAAAAUACUAAACAAUUUGACUCUAAUGAACUAGUUGUGGUCUGUAAGUGUACUAAAAAAUGCUAUGCUCAUCGCAAAUGUCUGCUUAUUUACAGUUUUAACAAUAAGCAUAAAUGUAGAGUUUGUAAUGUAUAGGCUUCAUUCUAAACAAAGAGAAGUUAUAAGAGCUUGAAGGAAAACUACCUUUUAAAGAAGAAAGAAGUGAAUUCUAUUUUUACUCUGUUUUUUAUAAACAUUUUAAUAUUCAUUUCCUUCCUAAUUUACUACAUUUAUUAUGCACUUACUACAAAAAAUACUAUGAUUAUUUGGUCACUUAUCCUAUUUACUCUUACCAUGUAAGUUUUUUAUGGUUUGUGUUUCUUUAUCAAUAAAUUCUCUAAGUUGUGUGUCAUUGAAAUUAGCUCUGAAAUAACAUUAGAAGAAGUUAUUCUCAAAAAGAAAGAGACAGAUCAAAAAACUGAAAACAAUGCUUACUAGUACAGUAAAGUUAACACAAAUUUAAAUACACUCAACGAAGAAUGUCUUACUCAGCAAAAUUAAGAUUAAAUUGAUAAGUUCGUUUAUACUGAUUACUUUAAUUAAUAAUAAAACAAAAUAAUAUCUCCUCAGAAUUAAAGAGAAUUUGCUAGAUAAGUUUAUAGAAAAAGUCUUUCUUUUGUCAGUAACAGCAAUAAUGUGAGCAAUUAGUUUAACUAAAAUUAAUAAUUCAAUCAAAAUUUCCACAUUAAUAGAGAAUAAUUCACAGGAAGAAAAUAAUCUGAUAAGUUUUUACCCUACAAAAAGACUCUGUUUACCGAAGACAGUGAGUAAUCUCCUCAUGAGUAAAAGUUCAUUCAAAACUAAAUGAGGCUAGUUUAAAGACCGAGUCUGACAUUGAAAAAUAAUAACUCAUCACCUUCUAAUAGCAAGAAUAUCUCUUAUGAUAACACCAAACCAAAUUCUAUUCUUAGCUUUAAAGGCAAAAUAAAUACAAAUGCAUAUACAGCUACAGAAAAAAAUCAAUACUAAUAAAAAGAUUAUUUAAAAAUAAAUAUGUUCAGUAAAGAAAAUCAAUAAGAUAGAAAAUCUGAAAUCAUUCUAGAAGAGCCUGUAAACAAGUUAGCAAAGCUCUCUGUUUAAUAGGCCUGUUCUACAAAUAAUAAUGACUCCCCUCUACCAAAAAACAACUAAUUAAACCAAUAAUGUGAGUCCUUAAAGAAAGGAGAACAAACUUCGAGAUUUGGUUAUUAACAUAUGAGCAGUCAAAAAAGAAAGCUAGAAAAUAAUAACCAAAAAAGAUUCAAUCUAAAAGUAAAUCCCACUAAUUUAGAUAAGUAUGAAAACUUGUUUAAAUUAAUUGAUAAUAUUAAUGAAGAAAGCUAAAACAGCAGUAGCAUUAAUACAUCAAAAACAUAAAAUAAAUCUGAUCCUAAAGAAACCAAUGAACGCAGUACAGCCAUAUUGUAAUAACCUGAAAUUUACUUAGAUGAAGAAAAUCAACCAUCUAAAAAUCUUUAAAUUUCUGAUGAAAACAGAAAAUCUAAUGAAGAAAAUUAAAUUAAAGUUUGA